ACAUGUCUUAAAACGACAAUGUCAAAAGUAGCACGCCUCAGACAGUGUCAAUUCUACUCCUUUAUUGACCAAGCGGAUCACCAGUCAUACCAUACUAUUUCUUUGAUCAACCGCCACAUUCAGUAGAGGAAGUUGCAGUCCAUCUGACUUGGCAAAAGAAGGGAUUAUCUUUGUAUUUGUAGCCUGUUUUUUGGGGAAAGAUGAUGAUUUGUGAAGUCCUGGAAGUUUGUGUUCAUGACUUUUUCUACUUGGCUUCUUAUAAUCUGCACAUAUGCUGACCUUUGCCUACUGCAUUAAUUGGACUGUAACUGUUUAUGGUAAAUUGUAUAUAAAAUAAUUUGAUUGACUAAUGAUCUUUUGACAUCUCUCGCUUUUCUCUAUCUAUGUGGAGCUUUAAGAGGUGCUCUUGCAGAAACUUGGGCGGUUAUGACUUAUUUGCACAAUAUUUUGUCGAUUUUUUCACAAAUUCGAAGAUAAUUUUUCCAAGGAAAACAGUAUCUUUUGGGAACUAAUGGUGGCCAUAGUUAGAAGGAUUACCAGCUUCUUUCCAUGGAAAUCCAGCCUGUAAAGAACAAUGAAAAAAUGUGGGUACCUCAGAAACUCAAUAUCAAAAGUAGUUUUAUCAGAUAAAUGUUGUUUUAGCACACAGGCAGUUCAAAUUGAAGAGUUUUUUAAAGAAUGUGAGAGCAUAAACAGAAACCCAAAUCAAAACCAUAAAUCUUUCGUGAAAGAUUAUUGUUUAAGGAAGCAAAUCGGUCGGAUAGAUCCAUGGUUUGAUUCAUACGCGUAUACUCGCCUGUUUCAGAGUUGCACAGAGAAAACCGGUUUAAUUGAAGGUAAGAACAUCCAUGGCCAUGUUAUUAAAAGUGGGUCAAAUCUGGAUUUGUUUGCUUGGAAUACCCUUCUUAAUAUGUACUCAAAAUUGGGUAACUUAAUGGAUGCUGAAAUGGUGUUUGAUGAAAUGCCGGAGAAAAAUACUGCUACUUGGGUACCCUUGAUUCAAGGAUAUGCCCAACUUGGGGACUUGAAUAAACCACUGGAGCUCUUUCGAAGGAUUCAUACAUAUGGUUUUGAGCUGAACCCAUUUGCUUUUUCGACAAUUUUGAAGGUUAUUGUUGAUAUGGAGCUCUUGGGGCAUGUUAAUUAUAUUCAUGGAUGUGUGAUUAAGCUUGGGUUUGAGUCAAAUGCCUUCGUGGGUUCCUCUUUGAUUGAUGGAUACUCUGCAAAUGGGCUUAUAAGAGAUGCUAGAGAAGUUUUUGAAGGAAUAUUAGAGAAGGAUAUAGUUUCAUGGACUGGAAUGAUAACUGCUUAUGCCGAGAGUGGUAAAGGUGACGGGGCAUUGAACCUCUUCUCUCAGAUGAGAGAGAAUGGUUUGAAGCCAAACCCUUUCACGUUUACAAGUUUACUAAAGGCUUCCACUAGUUUGGAAGAUGUAGAAUUGGGCAAGAGUUUUCAUGCUUUUGCUUUAAAAAUGCAGAAUGAAUCAAAUUACUUUGUGGGUAGUGCGCUUGUCGAUAUGUAUGCUAAAUGUGGGGGAAUUGAGGAUGCUCGAAUGGUUUUUAAUGGGUUUCAGGAACGUGAUGUGAUCGUGUGGAGUUUCAUGAUCUCACGUUAUGCUUGGAGUGGUGAAUAUGAGGAGGCAUUUGGGCUUUUUUUCCAAAUGUGGCAAGCUUCAGUGGCCCCUAAUCAGUUUAGCUAUGCGAGCUUUUUACAUGCAUGUUCGAGCUUGGGGGCCUUGGAGCUCGGCAAGCAAGCCCAUGGCCACCUUGUGAAACUUGAGUUUUACUCUGAUGUCUUUGUCUCAAGUGCCCUAAUCGACACCUAUGCAAAGUGUGGAAGAAUGGAUUAUGCAGAACUAGUUUUUUCUAGGUUGCCUUGUCCAAAUGAUGUUUCAUGGAACUCCAUGAUUGUAGGUUAUGUUCAGUUGGGUUUUGGAGAAGAGGCUUUACGACUCUUUCAAAAGAUGCAUGAGAGUCAUGUUGAGAUCACCCAAGUUACUUUUUCUAGCAUUCUUAGGGCUUGUGCAUGCUUGGCUGCUAUGGAGCAGGGGACCCAAAUUCAUUCCCUGAUUGCUAAGACCCAUUAUUACUAUGACACACCAGUGAAUAAUGCUUUAGUCGACAUGUAUGCCAAAUGCGGAAGCAUACGAGAUGCAUGGAAUGUUUUCAAUACUAUGAGUUACCAUGACAUAGUAUCAUGGAAUGCCAUGAUCAAUGGUUAUUCCUUACAUGGAUUAGGGCCCGACGCAUUGGAGCUCUUUGAGAAGAUGAUAGAGACUGGUUCCAAACCCAACCAUAUAUCUUUCGUAGGUGUGCUAUGUGCAUGUAGCAAUAUGGGACUGGUGAGCAAAGGCCGUGAAUAUUUCCAUGCCAUGACUAAUGACUACGGCAUCACACCUUGUAUGGAGCAUUACAGUUGCAUGGUGAGGCUUUUGGGGAGGUCGGGUCGUUUAGAUGAGUCCAUGAAGCUCAUAGAGGACAUGCCUUUUGAGCCUAGUGUUACGCUUUGGAGAGCUUUGCUAGGUGCUUGUGUUGUCCACAAAAACGUCAACUUAGGGAAACUUUCAGCGCAACGAGUGCUCGAGAUGGAGCCUAAUGAUGAGUCUGCCCAUGUGUUGUUAUCAAAUAUGUAUGCUGCCUCUGGCAGAUGGGAUGAUGUGGCCUUAAUAAGAAAAACAAUGAGGAAGAGAGGGGUGAGAAAGGAGCCUGGUCUUAGUUGGAUAGAGAUCCAGGGUAAAGUGCAUUCUUUUGGGGUGGAUGACACAAGCCACCCUGAGAUGAGGAGGAUCAGUGGAAUGUUAGAGUGGUUGAAGAGAGAGACCAGGAAGGCUGGCUAUGUUCCUGAUAGAAAUGUGGUUUUGCAUGAUGUCGAAGAGGACCAAAAGGAGCAAUCUCUUUGGGUUCAUAGUGAGAGAUUGGCCAUAGCAUUCGGGCUCGUGAGCUUGCCGCCUGGGUGCCCAAUUCGAAUAAUCAAAAACCUUCGAGUGUGUUUGGAUUGCCACUCUGCAAUCAAGUCCAUGUCUAAGGUUGUUGAGCGACAAAUUGUAGUAAGAGAUAUGAACCGUUUCCAUCAUUUCGAGGACGGAAAAUGCUCUUGCACCGAUUAUUGGUGAGAGAGAGAGAGAGAGUGGAGGGGGGCUGGGGGUGGGCAACAAUCAUUUCGAUCCGCUUGCCAAAGGGACACAGAAAUUGGUAUCUUAUUCUAUGUACUUAUUUUGUAACAUAGUAAGUAUAAAAGCCAAUUUAUCUGGCAAUUUUGUUAUGCAUGGAUUUUUUGAUAAUUGGAUUCAAAGAUUGGGGUUGAAUGAUUGAAAGAAGAAACGUAAAAUUGUGAAGAAUACUCAUUUUAGUUUGUUUUCCUUUUAAAGUGCUGGCAACCAUGGGAAUGAUGGUAUAUUUAUUUAAGACUAGUCCACGGCACCUGCAGCAAAAAAAUAAAUUAAAUUUGUAAAUUAUAAUUUUGGAAUAAAUUUAACUUCACCUAAACUCAGUAAUGUUGGCAUAAACUAUUCUUCAGCAAUAAAAAUAAUUAAAAGUCAUAAAAAUAAAAAAAGUUCGCAUUCCUCACUUUUACUUGAAAAUAGAACUCCCUGCAGUGUAAAA